GCUGUCGAUGUAUCCUCCUCACCUUGACAAUGGACUGUCUCACGGUGAUGCUGAAAAUAUAAAUUGAAUGGGGUGGCUAUGUCCUUGCUCCCUAAACUGAUGAGGGAGCCUUCAUUUUCAAUCUACCUCACUUGCCCUGCCGAAAUGUGGGAAGAAGCCAAUGCUGAUUCUCAAUGAAGUUGAUGUACGGUCACAGGGCAAGUUAUAGCAGAAGACGUGGCUCUGUGUGAGAUCAUGCAAGAUGGCUACUACAGGAUCAACUGGUGGCUCUCCUGCAACGGCAGUCAAUUUGAGAGACAAAACACUUAGAACUUGUCUAUGCAAUGUAUUCGCAAACUUGCAUCUUAGUCCCAUGGUCAUGGGAGCUAUUGUGAAGACAGAGUCUCAAGACAAGGAGGAUCAUGAGACUUACAGAAUGUAUCUGGAUCGUCUACGAACAAACAAAAAUGAACCGACUUUUUCCAAUACAGAAUUGAAGAAAGAAUUCGGAUACAACUCAGAGAGUUUAAAAAAAGAGAGGAACCCUGACAUGUUAGAUCUCACUGCCAUCUUUUGUUUGCUUUCCCACAUUUUAACCAAAGUUAAGAAGUACGAUUCAGUCAUGCUUGAAGUUCUCUUUAGCAAGUUGAGUGACGUCAAAGAUAUGCGAAACAAAGUCUUACACAACCUGGAUCAACUUCUGAACGAGAAAAAUUUCACUGAUCUGACAACAACGCUGUUUGAUCUCAUAGAAGAAGCUAAGAGAUUCUAUUCUUCCUCCCUGGGCCCUGAGGUUCUAUAUUUUCCCGCUGAAGAUACCAAGCAAAAGCUUAGCGACGAAAUUACAAAGCUUGAAGACCUGGACAAAAGUGACAUUCAUUACUAUAUUUCGAGGUUGGUUAUGAGCGGGAAACCAGCGGUAAGUAAGUUAUGGGGAACCAGGCUACACUGCGAGAUUCUCCUGCUCAACAACGACAAGGUUCAUCGUCAGAAAGUGUUUCACGCUCUCGACGUGAUGGUGAAAACAUCAGACAGCAAUGAAAUCCUCUCUUACACAAAAAUUUUUGAAGCUCCAGAGAAUGUCGUUGUGGUAGCAGGCGCCGCCGGCGCAGGCAAGACAACCCUCGUCAAAAACAUCGUACUGCAAUUCUUUGACCCGCAACAGAGGUCUGCCGAUCACUUGAGCUCUUUUAAUCAACUUGUCUUCUUCGAGUGCAGGGAUCGCAGCACAGAAAAACUGAGUGACGUCAUCGAUAAACACUACGAAGACCUGUGCAGUGAACUAGGAAAAGAAAAUGUCCUUAAGGCUCUCCUGCGUAUCGAUGUCUUAUUCAUCAUCGAUGGCUUCGACGAAGUCAACAAAAAUUCUGCUAAAGUCGUUAAUGGCCGCAUGCAAGCAUAG